AUGACUGUUCAUUUAUUUGGAGCAGCAUCGUCUCCCGGUUGUGCUAAUUUUGCUCUGAAACAGGUAGCUUCUGACUAUGCGGCUGAGUUCGGUCCCGAUGUGGCAAGUUUCAUUAGGCGAGAUUUCUAUGUUGAUGAUGGCCUUAAGGCUGUGCCUUCUGUCCAAGAUGCCAUAAGUCUGAUAGAUAGAAGUAGAGAGAUGUGUCUUAAGGGUGGUUUACAUUUACACAAGUUCUUGUCAAAUUCCAAGGAGGUACUAAGUCAUGGACCAGUCAGUGAUAGAUCCAAUGCGUUAAAAGAUAAUGAUUUGAUGUGUGAUGAUUUGCCAGUUGAACGUGCCUUAGGUAUCCAGUGGUGCGUGGAGUAUGAUACCUUUCAGUUUCGUAUUACUCUGAAGGACAAACCUUUCUCUCGACGUGGUGUUCUGUCGACCUUGAGUUCUGUUUAUGAUCCUCUUGGUUUUCUAUCACCUGUUAUUUUGGUAGGUAAGCAAAUGCUUCAGCAAAUGUGUAAGGACCAAAUUGAUUGGGACAGUCCACUUCCUGACGAUUGUAGACCCAAAUGGGAGAAAUGGAGAAUGGAUCUUCAUCAUUUGGAAACUUUGCGUGUCAGAAGAUUCCAUGUAUUCGUUGCGAACAGAAUACAAGAAAUUAGAGAUCUUACGGAACCCAAACAGUGGAGAUAUGUCAAAACUGCUGAUAAUCCAGCUGACAUUGCUUCUAGGGGUGCUUUCUCUCGUGAAUUGUUAGAGUCGAAUUGGUUCACUGGUCCCAGUUUCUUGUGGGAACCCAACAUUCCGCCUUUAAAUGAAGAUGAUACAGUUCGGACCAUUUCUUCUGUAGAUCCUGAGGUGAAGAAAUGCUCUGUUUUUAGUUCAAGUGCGUUCUCUUAUAAGAAUGAUGUUAUUGAACGUUUGACCUACUUUUCCGAUUGGAAUCGUGCAAAGAAGUCAGUUGCAGUUUGUCUCAGGUUUAAAGACAUGCUUAUUCAAAGGUCUGUCAAAUGGUCUGGUAUUGUAUCUACCACGAGUGAUAUUAAGUCAAAAAUAAAGGGUAACUAUUUACCAAUUCAAGUAGCGGAAGUUCAAAGGGCUGAAAGGGAAAUAAUUAAGAUAGUUCAAAGGGAUGCCUUUGAUAAGGAAUAUCAGCUAUUGUCUUCUGUGACAGUUGCCUCCCAUGAGAAGAGCCCUCCCAAGUAUCAAAAUCAGUCAUUGCGUAAAAACUCAUUGAUUAGACAGUUGGAUCCUUUUAUAGAUAGUGAUGGUAUAAUUAGGGUUGGUGGACGUCUUUCUAAGUUGAAACAUACUUUGGGUGAGAAACAUCCUAUUAUUUUACCAAGAAAGGGACAUGUUACUAACCUUAUCAUGAGAUAUUUUCAUGAAAGGAUAAAUCACCAAGGUCGUGGAAUGACUGUAAAUGAGAUCAGGGCAAAUGGUUUUUGGGUCAUUGGAUGUAGUUCUUCCGUGUCAUAUAUGAUAUCUCGUUGUGUAUUUUGUCGCAAACUCAGAGGUUCCCUGCAGGUGCAGAAAAUGGCAGAUUUGCCAGCCGAUAGAGUAGAACCUGCACCCCCCUUUACAUAUUCGGCAGUUGAUUAUUUUGGACCAUUCUAUGUUAGAGAAGGUCGAAAGGAAAUGAAGCGUUACGGGGUUUUGUUCACUUGUCUUUCCUGCAGAGCCGUUCACAUAGAAGUUGCUCACUCUCUUGACACUAGUUCAUUCAUCAAUGCUCUUCGCCGUUUUAUUGCGAUUCGUGGUUCCGUAUGCCUUUUAAGAUCUGAUCGUGGUACAAACUUUGUUGGCGCUGAGAAUGAACUCAAGGAAGCACUUUCUGAGAUGGACACUGAUCAGAUUAGUCAAUUUCUGUUAAAUGAAGGUUGUGAUUUUCAUUUUCAAAUGAACGUGCCUUCAGUAAGCCAUAUGGGUGGCAUCUGGGAGCGGCAGAUUCGCUCUAUUCGUAAUGUUCUAUCGCCUCUGAUGCUUCAAAAUGGUACUCAGUUAGAUGAUGAGGCUCUUCAUACCUUUAUGUGUGAAGCUGCGGCAAUUGUUAACAGUCGCCUAUUGUCUGUAACAAACCUAAAUGAUCCACUCUCUGCUGAUCCAAUUACUCCAAAUCACUUACUUACUUCUAAGUCAAAAUUAAUUCUUCCACCGCCUGGCAAAUUUCAAAGGUCUGACAUGUAUUCGCGGAAACGUUGGCGCAGAAUUCAAUUUCUAGCUAAUGAAUUUUGGACUAGGUGGUCAAAAGAAUACUUACAAAAUCAGCAAAUCAGAACAAAAUGGGUUUCGGCUCAGCGAAAUCUUUGCGUUGAUGACAUUGUUAUGAUUAAAGACGAGAACCUUCCGCGAGGUCAGUGGCGCUUAGGUAAAGUGUCCGAGGUAUUUUCUAGUAAUGAUAGUUUGGUUCGCAAAGUAAGAGUUUUAGUAGGGGAUCCUAUGUUGGACAAUAAGGGAAAACGUAAAAAUAUUAUGUGUUUCUUAGAUAGGCCAAUUCACAAAUUAGUUCUAUUGCAAGAGAAGGAGUAA